AGAGAGAGAGAAAAAAGUAAUAUUCGAUUGCGAAUUAUAUACGAUAUUUUAGUCAUCAAAUCGCCAUUGGCAAAUUUAGUAUUUAGUUAUUUUCGCUGAAGAAAAUUCCUUGACUAUAAACUGCCUUUUCAAUGUGUCAUCACCAGAACGAAAAAGCGAAGAGAGCUCAGUGAAAAUUCCAGGGUUUUUUUUCAGUAUUCAAGUAUGAACCCAUCAUCAUCAUUAUCAUCAGUGAUUACCAGAGAUCAAACCCUCUCUCUUUUCAGCCACCCUUUCCCACAAUCUCAAUCUUCCCCUCUUUCAAAUUCCAGAAAUGGUUCCUUUGUGUGUCCCAUCAUCAACACCCACAGAAGAAAGCCAAAGACCCACACUUUGUUCACAUCUCCUAAGCGAUUCCGAGCCAUCUCUUGUUGUUUAGGCGACAGUAGAUCGCCUGCAAAGUCACUUCGACAGAUUCUGGAAUCGCCUGGGGUUCAUCAAGGCCCUGCUUGUUUUGAUGGUCUCAGUGCUAAGCUUGUUGAAAGAGCUGGGUUUCGGUAUUGUUUCACCAGUGGAUUUUCCAUUUCUGCUGCUCGUCUGGGAUUACCGGACACGGGAUUUAUUUCCUAUGGAGAAAUGGUUGAUCAGGGCCAACAAAUCACCCAGGCCGUGUCGAUUCCUGUUAUUGGAGAUGGCGAUAAUGGAUAUGGAAAUGCGAUGAAUGUGAAGAGAACUGUUAAAGGAUACAUAAGAGCCGGCUUUGCCGGGAUCAUUCUCGAAGAUCAGGUGUCUCCGAAAGCAUGUGGUCACACACAAGGCAGGAAGGUGGUAUCCAGAGAGGAAGCCAUUAUGAGAAUUAAAGCAGCAGUUGACGCUCGCAAAGAGAGUGGCUCGGACAUUGUUAUCGUGGCACGGACGGAUUCUCGUCAAGCGCUGUCUUUAGAGGAGUCACUCUGGAGAUCAAGGGCUUUUUCCGAUGCCGGAGCAGAUGUCCUUUUUAUUGAUGCACUAGCUUCUAAAGAAGAAAUGAAAACCUUUUGUGAAGUUUCUCCGUUAGUUCCAAAAAUGGGUAAUAUGCUUGAAGGUGGGGGGAAAACACCAAUACUCACUCCGCUUGAACUCGAAGAAAUCGGAUAUAAACUUGUGGCAUAUCCGCUCUCCUUGAUUGGAGUAUCUAUCCAAGCAAUGCAGGAUUCGCUGAAUGCCCUCAAAGGUGGUCGUAUUCCGCCUCCGGGGAGCAUGCCAUCUUUCGAAGAAAUCAAGGAAAUCUUAGGUUUCAAUAAAUACUAUGAGGAAGAAAAAAUAUAUGCUGCCAGCAAUUAUCGGCUAUAUGGAGACAGAGUGAGCAGUAAUGCAUACAGUAUAGAACGGGUUCGAGAUGAGUCGGAACAAAGAGGUCAAAGUCCUCAAGAUCCAGUUGUCGAGGUGAUAACUCCUGAUGUAUACAGUAACUAUCGUGCAGAUGGUUCAAGGGAUCCUUUUGCUAGGAUCUGGUCUCGGUCAUUGAGAAUCAAGAUUACCGGAAGAGACGGAAUCGAGAGACUGGACGUUAGAGUUCCUGCCGGGUUUUUGGAAGGAAUAACAAAUAUCGUUCCGGCUUUGGGGGGCAUAAACAUCAAGGAAUUGUUGGACGAUGCCGCCGAAGAAGUUGGUGGGAAGCUGUUGUUGGAUUUUAACGAUACAAUGGGUGACAGAAUUCAAGUCUUUCUCGAAUGAAACCCCAUUGUAGUCGAGCUUUUCAAGACUCGAAAGUGGAAGGUAGUUUUUGGUUAUAUCGGAAAAUUGUGGGUGCGAUCGCACACGUGGCUGGUGGAACGCCGGCAGAUUCAUACCCUGAUUUCAAGCUUCCUUAGAAUUCUUAAGUUUUGAAAAAGAUUCAUACCCUGAUUUCAAGUUUCCUUAGAAUUCUUAAGUUUUGAAAAACAUGUUGGAACAGAAACAAACUGAUAAAACCUCAGUAUAACACCAAAAUAAGGCAUGGAAUUUACAACAUCUUGUAUUCUUUAUA